AUGGCGGCCAACACUUUCGCAACGAAGCUAAGCAGAAACACAAACAGAAUCACAGUGAUCUUAGUCUACGCCUUCCUCGAAUGGCUUCUCAUGUUCUUCAUCUUCCUCAACUCUCUUUUCACUUGCUUCAUCGUCAAGUUCGCUUCUUUCUUCGGCCUCAAGCAAAUCUGCCUCCUCUGUCCGAAGCUAGAUCGUAUCUUCCACCAAAGCCCGGAAAACAGAUUCACUUACAGAGAGCUGUUAUGUCCAAGCCACGUGGCAGAGCUAGCAAGUCUCAGUUUUUGCAGAACGCACGGGAAGUUAUUAUCAGAGUCGGUGACUUUAUGCUCGGAUUGUUCAGAUCGAGAGGAGAGAAGUAACAUUGGUUUAGGGUUUUGCUCUUGUUGCGAGAAGAGUUUGGGAGAAAGACAGUAUCCUAGUUACUUGCUUAUCAAGUCAUCUGUUUGGGGGAAGACUCUUGUGGACAGAGAGAACAGAGGAUUGAUCUUGGAGAUGAUUGAUGAUGAUAAGAUUGGAGAUGGGUUUGAGAUAGGGAGAGAAUCUGAUAGUUUCUUCAGGGAGAAAGCACAAGAAGAAGAAGGGAAGAGAGGAGAGCAGCAGCAGCAGAAUGGUGAAGUGAUCUCAGAUGUAGAUAGCUAUGGUUUGAGCUUAAGAGAAGUGUCUGAGGAGGAUGGGUUAAGAUCUGUCCAUAGUAAUCAUUUUCUUGGGAAUGAAGAUGAGAUCCAUGAAGCUGAUCCAAGAGCUUUAGAGGAUGAACAAAAGGAUGAUGGUACUACAGGGUGUGUGGAAGAAAAAGAAGAAGAAACAGAAAGAGCAGUCUUGUUGGCUGAUCAGCAUGGGAACAAGAAUGAAGCUUUUGUCAGUGAAGAUCUAUCUGUUGGAGUUGAUCCUAUUCUAACAGGUAGCCAAAAUGAAGAAGAAGAAGAAGAAGAGAAGACUAAAGAGUUUCCGGAAACUCCUACUUCAGGGAGUAGUUUACUACACAAGAAACUUUCUUUUCUGUCCAAAAAUGAUUAUGCAGCUGCCGAAGAUGCAAGAGAUGUAAGCAUAGCAGUGAGUGAGGUGGACGGUGAAGACCCUAUAAGAACAAUAGAACGUCUGAGAGAGACAGUGAGAUCAGAACAAGAAGCACUAAGAGGCUUAUACGCAGAGCUGGAAGAAGAAAGAAGCGCGUCAGCAAUAGCAGCUAACCAAACUAUGGCGAUGAUCACAAGACUCCAAGAAGAGAAAGCCAAAGUUCAGAUGGAGGCGUUGCAGUACCAGAGAAUGAUGGAGGAACAAGCCGAGUAUGAUCAAGAAGCCUUGCAACUUCUAAAUCAUCUGAUGGUUAAAAGAGAGAAAGAGAAGGAAGAGCUUCAGAGAGAGCUUGAUGUUGUUAGAGCUAAGGUUUUGCAGUAUGAGAAGAACAAAACCAAAUGCGAGGCUUCUGAUGAUGAUGAUGAUAGAGAGGAGGAGGAGAAUGUGGAUUUGGAGAAGAUAACAUUGGAUUGUGUGAAGUCUAUGGGGAUGCUUGAUGAGUCUUUAUCAGAGUUUGAGGAAGAGAGGUUAGUGAUUUUGGAUCAGCUUAAGGUGUUAGAGGACAGGCUAUUGACAAUGCAAGACAAAGAAUCUGCAGGAGAGUUCAGCAAUAGUUAUGAAGGAGAGAGUUAUGAACAUGAAGGAGUAACAAUGGCAUCGAUGGCUAAGAGUCUGCUUCCUCUUCUUGACGCUGCAGAGAAUGAAUCAGAAGAUGAGUAUCAAGAACAAGAGGAAUCAGUUGAAAAGAGUGUUGGUUGUGAAAGCGAGAAGCUAGAGAUCAUCAAGCAAGUUGAUAGUGUCUAUGAGAGGUUACAGGUGCUGGAAACAGAUGGAGAGUUUAUGAAAAGUUGUAUGAGUUCGGCUAAGAAAGGUGACAAAGGAACUGAUCUUCUUCAAGAUAUAUUGCAGCAUCUUCGUGAUCUCAGAAACAUUGAACUCACUGACACAGUUGAAAACCAGAUGACGCAUGAGGAAUGA